AUGCUGCCUGCAGUCUUCAGGACCUCUCUGUGGGUACUAGACACGGACUGCCUCAGCGCUCUUGAGGCCGCCUGGCGGCACGACACUGCACAGCCGCAACAAUGUCCCGAUCAAGCGUUCCCACUGCAGCUGCACGUAGUGAAGGGAGGUGUCCCAUCCAGCGUCGUCGCCGCUGUAGAAGAGAAGAUGUCACACUGGCCCAGCAGUGGCAUAGGUAUGGGUAAGGUGGGUACGGUAGGUAUCCAGACGUCUACUCGAGGAGCAGCACGGAUGAAGUGCUGCGGCGUAGAGGCACGACUGACACCAAGGCGGGAUCCACGAAGCUAUGGCCCACCAGCAGACGAGUUGCAUGCAGGAGCGACCGAGAAAGACGCGUCCCGGCUGUGGGCGUUCAAUGCCGGCUCGAGCCUGGAGGAGCUUCGGAAGGCGUUGGUCGUGUAA